AUGCAUUGUCUGCUGCCACUGAUUCCUCUUGCGGGCGGUGUUCUGGGCGUCGCUCUUCCCGGGCCCAACGUACCCAAUGUUCCGCAACACAAUGGCCGAUUGAAGACCAAGGUUAUGACGAAGCACGUUGACUUUGAACCCCCAUACGAAAUCAACUACUACAAUGAAUACCAGUACUAUGAAGAGUACUACUAUGGCCCCGGGGGGCAAACGGCCUAUGCAGUGCUCCCAGGAUCCACGCGCAGGAUCCCGGGCUCUGCCACCACGACUGCCCCACCUACCGGACCGAGUGACGAGCCGCUGGAAACACCACCAGUUGAUUUUCUUCCCGAGUUUGCCAGCGGGUUCUGGUUCGACGAGUACCUGGACGAGUACUUCGGAUACUACGACUUCUCCGACGACUCGUUUCCCGCCGCGCUCCAAGACUUUGCUCCGGGACUUUCGUCCUACAACAUGAACGAUUUUGACGACGACGACCUUCCACCAACCAUCAUCAUCGGCGGACAACGGUUCGACACCACAUCCAGAUAUUGCUUACAACCACCAUGCGACGACGCUGACGCUAACCUUAACCUUAACGACGACGAGGGGGAGUCGGAGGACGGCGGCGACGACCGAACCACGAUCGUGCCGCGCAGCCCGCAGCAGGGUGUGCCCCCAGUGCAGGGCCUGCCGCCACUGGACCCGAAAAAUUUCGCCACCACGCAGGAUCUCAUAUUCGAGAUAGCCGUCCGCCAGGAAACCGAACGAGAAUACCAACUAUGGAAAGCUUCACAGGCACCGCCGAAGAAGCCGCCGACUCUGAACGACAGAUUAAGCGCCCCAGGAAUCGAGCAGCUGGAGAGGGCACAAUUUCGAGCCCUAGCGAUCGCUCGCCUGGAGGAGGCAAAGGCGGCCAAGGCUUCCCAAGCCGGUCAAUCCAGCGCCGCUGCUGCUGCGUCCGCGAGUGCUGCUCAGGCCCAGGCAGAGGCCGCCGCCGACAAGUCUAAGGUCGACGCAGCAUCUGCUGCAGCAGCGACGGGAGACACCGCCAAAGCUGUACAGAUCGUCUUGGAUAAGAAGGCGCCCCCUGUGCUGCCAGGGACCGGUGCAGUGGUCCAGGUUGAUAGCAAGAUCGAGCCGCUGGUCAUCGGCAAGAAGGUGGCUGAGGCGGCAUCUGCCCCCUUGUCCAGAGCCGACAAGAUCAAAGCGCUCCACGAAGAGGCGAAGAGGCAAGCGCAGAAAGCCGCGUCGAUACCCAAGCCGCACGGGAUCGUCCGCAGAGCUGCCUCCCCGCAAGCCGGCGACGACGCCUCCCUCGUCGACCCAACCCCCACCAGCAAUAACGACGUCGACAACGAUAUCACCACCUUCAUCCGCACGCCCGCGCAGCAGACCAGAAGGCCCAACUGGCUGCCCGGCAGCAACGGCGGGGCCAUCCGGGGUGGUGGUAGCGGCGGCGCCUCAUCCGCUGACCCAAGCACCGUCAACAGCGCCGUCUUCAACUCCAUUCUCUCCUCCCUCAUGAACGCCGCCAACAACAAGCCACAGUCGACCACGAAGCCCAGCUGGCUCCCUGGAAGCAACGGCGGCGUCGUCCUAGGCCCCGGCAACGGCAACCUCGCCUCACUCUCACCGUCGUCCUCAUCAUCCUCAUCGACCCCGGCCCCCUUGGACACCGACUCCUCCCCAUCCUCAUCCACAUCCCCAUCGGGCCCGACCACCUCGCCGGACGACGACGACGACGACGCCCCCGACGACUUCCUCGACUCUGACUCCUCCUCCUCCUCUUCCGACUCCGACUCCUCUUCUGACUCCGACUCUUCUUCCGACUCCGACAACGACCCAGGCUUCGACCCAGUCCCCGUCUCAGACCCCGACUCCUCCACCUCCUUCACCACCAUCAUCACUGCCCUCCUCGCCACCGCCAACCAAACCCCAGACUCCUCCUCCACCUCCCCCCCACCCGACUUCAGCUACAGCCUCAUCCGCGAUAUCACGGGCAACUUCUUCCUCGCCGCCGACGACUCGGGCACGGUCGGCCUGACGACCGACCCCCCCUCCGCCGACGCCUUCGCCUGGAAAACCUUCGCGCUGUUCAAGGGCGCGCUGGCGGCGGACGCGCGUAGGCGGUUGUUUGUGUAUUUCCCGGAGACGAUGGAGGCGCUGGGCGUGUCGAGGUUCCGGUUGGCGGAGCUGGGGGAGACGGCGUUUGAUGCGCGGGCGGUGGCGGGGGUGCCGGUUAGUGUUGAUGGUGGUGGUGGGGUGGUGGAGAGGGACGGUGGUGGGGAGAAUGGGGCAGUGCUGAUGCCGGUGGAUACGGACGGUGGGAGUUACGGGUUUGUUGCGUGCGAUGUUGUGGCGGAUGGGGUGACGGAGAAUAAGCUGUUUAUCGUGAAGGAGAUAGAUGCGGGGGUGCAGACGCUGCUGGACCAGGCGACGCGCGAGGAGGUGACGGGUGGGGAGGUGGAGGGGUGUUGGCCGGUUGCGCUGAGGUCGCCGUUGUCGGCGGGGUUGUAG